AUGUCGGGUUUUUCCCCUCCAGUGUUGGAUAAAUACGCCUGUGAGGCGGCAGCCAGAAUCAGGGUGGAUGCUCGUAACGUAAACACAGGAGAGCUGGCUGCUAUCAAAGUCAUCAAACUGGAACCGGGUGAGGACUUUGCCGUGGUCCAGCAGGAGAUCAUAAUGAUGAAGGACUGUAAACACUCCAAUAUCGUCGCCUAUUUUGGCAGUUAUCUCCGGAGAGAUAAGUUAUGGAUCAGUAUGGAGUACUGUGGAGGAGGGUCUCUGCAGGACAUCUAUCACGUAACCGGGCCUUUGUCGGAGUCACAGAUCGCCUACAUGUCACGGGAGACCCUGCAGGGUUUAUACUACCUACACAACAAAGGCAAAAUGCACAGAGACAUUAAGGGAGCCAACAUCCUCCUGACAGACAACGGCUAUGUCAAACUAGCUGACUUUGGUGUAUCAGCCCAGAUCACAGCAACCCUCGCCAAGAGGAAGUCAUUUAUUGGAACUCCUUACUGGAUGGCUCCAGAGGUAGCAGCUGUGGAGAGGAAAGGCGGUUACAACCAGCUGUGCGAUAUCUGGGCUGUGGGCAUAACUGCAAUAGAGCUGGCUGAGCUGCAGCCGCCCAUGUUUGACCUGCACCCGAUGAGGGCUCUCUUCCUAAUGACCAAGAGUAAUUUCCAGCCUCCUAAAUUGAAAGAUAAACUCAAGUGGACAAAUAACUUCCACCAUUUUGUCAAACUAGCCCUGACCAAGAACCCAAAGAAGAGGCCCACCGCUGAGAAGCUGCUGCAGCACCCGUUUGUGUCGCAGCCUCUGAGCAGGACGCUGGCCAUCGAGCUGCUGGACAAAGCCAACAACCCCGACCACAGCACCUACAACGACUUCGACGACGACGACCCCGAGCCUGAGUUUAAGUACAGGGGUCAUUUCCUACCCAUAAGCCCCGGCGCUCGACGCGCACCCCGUUUUGCGGCCCGUAGGAAGUCUCCGGUCUCUGUUCCCCAUCGCAUCCGCUCCACCAGCAGGAGCACCAGAGAAGGAAAGACACUGUCUGAGAUUAACUUUGGUCAGGUGAAGUUUGAUCCUCCACUGAGGAAGGAGACAGAACCCCAUCAUGAACCGUGUGAUUCUGAGCCCUAUCUGGACUGUGUUGAGGAGCUCUACUAUACCGCGAGAUCUAAUCUGGAUUUGCAGCUGGAAUAUGGCCACGAUUCGCCGAGUCUGCUGGGAGGAAACAAGAGCCUUCUCAAAUCUGUAGAGGAGGAGCUGCAGCAGAGGGGCCAUGUGGCACACUUAGGGGAUGAUGAGGAUGAGGAUGAUGAUGGUGCAGAUGAUGAUGAAACUCACACUCAUAAAUCAAGCACUAUCAUGAGGCCAAAGGUCCCGCCGCCACUUCCUCCAAAGCCCAAGUCCAUCUGUUCGUCCCAACCGCAGCCUCAGCAGCAAAAACUGGACGAUAGCCAAUCGCACAGCGAGGACGAUGGCGGAGGGGGAGGGACCAUCAAACGCUGUCCGGUCCCGGAGACGCCGAGCCCCGCCAAGCCCGCCUCCAACGUGCCCCCGCGGCCGCCGCCCCCGAAGCUGCCGCCCCACCGCCGCAGCAGCCUAGGUAAUGGGCUGAACUCUCCCCACAAUGGCGAGAGGGACAGUCCAGCAGAGCGGCAGUCCACCAUGCCCCCUAGUGUCCCCAUACGGAAAGACAAGAAGGAUGUAGUUCCGAAGCCAAUCAGCAACGGUCUCCCUCCAACACCCAAAGUUCAUAUGGGUGCGUGUUUCUCCAAGGUGUUCAACGGCUGUCCUCUGAAGAUCCACUGCGCCACUUCAUGGAUCAACCCCGACACCAGAGACCAGUAUUUGAUAUUCGGAGCCGAAGAGGGAAUCUACACGUUAAACCUCAACGAGCUGCACGAGACAACGAUGGAGCAGCUCUUCCCUCGGCGGUGUACCUGGCUAUACGUCAUGAACAAUUGUCUUCUUUCCAUAUCUGGAAAAGCCUCCCAGCUGUACUCCCAUAGUCUGAGCGGUCUGUUUGAACAGGCCCGACAGUUACAGAAGUUGCCCGUAGCCAUUCCCACACACAAGCUGCCUGAUAAGAUGAUUCCCAGGAAGUUUGCUGUGUCCAAUAAAAUUCCAGACACUAAAGGGUGCCAAAAGUGCUGCGUAGUUCGUAACCCGUACACAGGCCAUAAGUACCUGUGUGGAGCCUUCCAGUCCAGCGUCAUGCUGUUGGAGUGGGUCGAGUCCAUGCAGAAGUUCAUGCUCAUCAAGAACAUCGACUUCCCGUUGCCGUGUCCGUUGGAGGUCUUCGAGAUGUUGGUGGUCCCGGAGCAGACCUACCCUCUGAUCUGCGUGGCGGUCAGCAAAGGAACCGAACUCAACCAGGUGGUCCGGUUCGGCACCGUCAACCCCAACUCUACCUCCUCCUGGUUCACAGAAGCGGACACGCCACAGACGUGUGUGAUCCACGUCACUCAGCUAGAGAGAGACACUAUCCUCGUCUGCCUCGACAGAUGUAUAAAGAUCGUGAACCUCCAGGGCCGGUUGAAAUCCAGCAGAAAGUUGUCAGCUGAGCUCACCUUCAACUUCCAGAUUGAAUCCAUAGUUUGCCUCCAAGACAGUGUUCUGGCCUUCUGGAGACACGGCAUGCAGGGACGGAGUUUCAAGACCAACGAGAUCACUCAGGAGAUCUCUGACAGCACACGCAUCUUUAGACUACUGGGAUCAGACAGACGAGCCGACUGCAGAGACCCAGAGGCCGAGGACAGAGGCCUCGCUCUGCCCAGGGUGGUGGUGCUGGAGAGCCGGCCGACGGACAACCCCACAGCCCACAGCAACCUCUACAUCCUGGCGGGCCACGAAAACAGCUACUGAGACACAUACACAAACACACUCUCCUCCUCCCCCGCCUCCAUCACUAUUGCCGACUAAAGGGGAGAAAGAAACUCAUUCCGUUGUACACCCGCCGAGCCCUCGUGACUUGGAGACGAGCGACUUUCCCAGUCGCAGCCGUUGAAAAAAAAAAAACAAAAAGCACCGCAGUGUUGUCAGUGAAGCUUGUUGUGUUUAGAGCAGGGGUUUAACGCCGAGGAAUCUCCUCUCUGCACCUUACAAGAGCAACUCUCUCCUGAUUCCAUCCCGCCUCUCGAAAAGCAGCACGUAAAUCUGACCCCGACACUACUUCUACUACUAGUUCUACACAUACUACUACUACUACUACUACUACUACUACUGCUUCUUGUGCUACAGCUUCACAGAAGGGCCAUCUUGCACAGAAAACCUUCUCUCAUUCAUUUCCUCUUGUCUCCUCUUUCCUUUUCUUUCCCCCCCUCUUUAUUUUUUUUUCUUUUUAAAACUCCCCUCCUUUAUUUAUUGUGGCAUGAUGUAACUUUAACAACCAGGAUGGCUUUUCCUGUUUUAUUUGUUUUUUUUAUUUUAUUUUAAAGGAUAAAAACAAAAAAAAGAGACUAAAAAAAAAUAAAUAAAAGCUUCGCCACUCUUCGCUAGCAUCAAAACUCCCACCACCACCACCACCACCACACCACACAAGUGCUUAAUUGACUUCUAUUUAAUUGUUGUAAAUAUAAAUGUAGUAUUUUUUUGACAGAGACGAACACUAAAAAGACUGGUCGUGUAGAUAGGGCGUGUGUAUAGUUGCAAAUGUACAACCGUGGAGACGAGACGGGCGCGACGGGACGGUAGAUUUGGCUGAUCAUGUGACGAGAAAGACCCCCCCGCCGUCUCCUCUCCUCCCCGAUAUUACUCUCACAAAGGCGUCGGGAUGGAGCCGAGCGAACGCGCGACGCUCGACCGGUCGCCCUGCAUGACUUCCUGCUUGCUCGCACCAUAGCAACCGUCGCCAGGGCAGCGGAGUUCUGUUUGUUCCUCCAUCGUCCUGUUCAUCUUUUUAUGCUGUUUUAAAUCAGAAAAUACUUUUAUUUGUUCUUUAAUGCUAAUUUUUUUUUUUUUUUUUUUUUUAUCGAACCACUGGUGUUAAAAAUUUUGCACAAAGAAAAAUGUAUUUCAUAAACAAAUGUGAUGUCAUUAUAAUAUAUGACCUUGUGUGUAUGCACUGUGUGUGUGUGUGUGUGUAUGCGUGUGUGUGUGUAUGUGUGUGUUCGUAGACGUAGAAUAUGCACAUACGAGUGCAUUGUGUACAGAUCUGGUCUUUAACAAGUGGCGGUUGUGUUUCUGGCUGUUUAAAAAGAACUUAAAGGGAAAUUAAAAGCUGGAUUUACACAGAAAUCAAAAUUUAUCCAGUUAUUUAUAUAUAUAUAUGAGCUCCUAUUGGCCACAAUUUCAAGCAUUAAAGUCCAAAAACAAUAACAAAUAAAUACAAGCUGCUUUCUUUUUGGUCAUUAAUGAACCUUUAAAGUCACAUAUUUAGCAUUUAUGUCCCUGAAAAUGAUCCCGUCCUGCCUUAGAGUGGCUUAGAUGGAACUCUACAUUUCAGAAUGUGCAGCUCCAGCACACCAGCUCAACGCAACACAAUGGUAGCUUAAGAUGAAAACAGAUUCUGAAGGAAAAACGACGAUAGGAUUGGUUCCUUUGGUUUGUUAGGUGUAAAACCAACAUUAUUAAACUGCAGUGUGAAGGUAGAAAAGCUCAACUGACUGCUUGUUUUUGCUCAGCGUAGAAAAAACUUCAUAUUUACACGUUAACAAAGUAAGAUUUUCUCGAAAACAGCUAAACAAAGUAGUUUAAAUGAUGAAUAAUUUGCUAUAAUUGAUCUGAAAGUGUUUGAAUAACAAAUUUCUGAUCUGAUAUUUAGGAAGAAAUUAAGCUUGGAUGAAAUAUGUCACCUUAGGAACAUGUAAAACGUAUAUACGAAGCUAAAUGCUGCUAAUAUUUGUAGCUGGCCGGUCUUCAACAAACCACAUUUCCUCCUAAGACGCUACAGUAGAAUCAGGAUGCUGCAUAUAGACAUCAGAGUUCCCUCAUAUAUUGCUAAAAGGUUCCCAUUAUGCCGUCUAUUUAGUCCAGAAAUCAGCCUGGGAAUACAGCCCAGUCCAAGUAAAUUUUAAUUUCUGUGUACUUCCGAGCAUUUUAUUCAUUCUCGUAAUAUUUUGUUUUUAAAACGACCGUCUCCAGCUUCAGCCGUCGCCGCUGCGGCUUCCGUUAAAGGCCGGCGUCUGCGCGACAGAUCACACUACAUGCAUGUAGAUGCGCACUGCGUGGUGUGCAGGAGAGUCUGCGUGUGGCCGUACACUACCAGUCCUCACAAGCUGUGACGCUCCAGGUUUCUCCUGAGGACACUAGUUUAGCCGAGGUAAAAAAAAAAAAUCUGUAACGCUGAAAUCUUCCAGAGCUCAAACAUUUGCCUUUCAAACAGCUUUUACUUCUCGUUCAUGUGUUCAUCUCCUCCACAUGUGUCAACAUCCAGCUGUGUGAUUCAAUACUUCACAUCUGUAGAGACACAAAAAGUUCUAAUUUAAUGGCAGGUUUUUUUUUUAAGACCCUGGGAGGAAAACCCAGUUCUAAUAAUGGCCAAAAAAAUCCUGUGUUUGCUGCCAUCUUGUGGUUUUUAUUUUGCAUCUCGCGUCCAACUCAUCACCUGGAAGCGAGCGACUAGAACCAGGUUGGAGUGACGGCAGUUACAGUCAUUUAAAUGUUAAAGAAUGCGGCUAUAAAAGGGAAAUGUCGGCAUGUUGGGGGGACUUUUUUAGACUUUACCAGCUUUUUUUUUUGUGUACAGUGAGAUCUGAUUUCCUUCCAAUAUUCAGAAGAUGAUCAUUUUACCAACACGGCAGCAAACCUUCAGCCGCGCUAACGCCUCUGCACACUAUUCACUCUGCUUCAACGGGAUUUAUUUGUGAAUAAACAGAUCCUCUCGCUGGAUUGUAGCUUCCAGUGACUCAAACAAGUCUAGUUACACAACUUCAAUCCACUGUGAAGGUAUAAAUUACCUUUUUUUUUAAUGGCCUAUUAUAUUGUAAAAUGAAACCUGCUUAGAACUGAAGACUCACAUCACAGCAAUAAACUGUUUAAUUGUGUAAAUCUCUUAAAAAUCUAGUCCAAUAUGGAAAAAAAAUCAAACUACUUGCUAUUCAACCACCUACGAAGUGCAUCAGUGCCCCGGAUGAGUGAUUUAAGCCACGAUCAUGUGCUUCCUGCCAACGUCCGUUAAUACACGCUGGGCAGCCGCCAACACUUAUCUGAGCAAAAACAAAAAAGUGCUCGAUUAUUGUCAAAUCGAUUAAGCUCAUUAAGCCAACAGUUCAUGUGUAUUUGGGAAGAAAAGAAACAUUCCUUUAAGGUAAUGCCAUAAACAUGUAGUUGAACCUUCUGACGGCCAUGUUUAGAUGUUCUACCUCGUGGUUUGUCCGUAGACGAUUAAAAACAAAAAAGUCUGGUUAUAAAAGUGUGAAGCCAAACUCUAAACUCUGAACCGUCUGUGUGCUCUCACUCGAUGUGUCAACGAACAAAAGUUACUCAAGCGUGUCAUCAGUUCUCUUAAAAACUCCGAAUUGUUCUUAAAGCCCCGUAAGUACGACUGUUCGAGCAGUUCUGCCGCCUGUUUUUUGCUUUUCCUCACAUCCGUCUGGGAUCUUUAACAAAGUUAACGUGGGAUCUGUCUCCUUCCUUCUGCCGUCGUGGUUCUGAAAGCAGGUGCCAGCGUUGCUUUCCUGUGUGGGUGUUUUUCUGAAAAGUCUUGUUUUAAAACUGCAACCUCUCCUGGAUUAAAUGUGGACUAAGCCACAGGAGGCUUCGACAACUAGAUGUGUUUAAUAAUCCGAAUUUCACAAACGUAUACUAAAUUGGCAUCGCGGUAAUUUUCCAGGGAUCUCUUGUUGCUAACUCCGUCUCUUUGGUGCUCGAAGCAGAUUAAAUUCAGCUCCUGUGAGUUUACUCCGGCGUCUGUUUGGUCCGCGUCGCCUCCCGAUCUUAAAACGCCGUUAGGUCACCUCUGUACUGUCGCUUUUACAUCACCUUUGUCUUUUGUUUUCAUAAUGCGAUGCAUACGUUAUGAAAUGUACAUAGUGUAAAAUAAAAAUGGGUUUGUUUUACAUACUGUAUAAUUGCCUAUAUUUUGUUUCAGAAGUGUAACAGAUUUAUGAGAUGACAGGUUAACACAUUAAAAAGAAGGAACUCGA